GAAAUGAGUGUAUCAUCUUCUGAUUAUGAAGAGAUGAUUUUACUACCUCCAAGUUAUCAUGAAACAACACCCAGUUAUGUUGAAACAUCAGAAACAUCCCUUAUGGAGCAAAACAACAUUAGCAACACUCAAGGGAACAUCCAUCUAAUGUCAUAUCUUCCCCAGGCAAGGACGAGUUUAUCUUCUUCUAAUAACGAUGAAUUACUCUCUUCACCUCCAAGUUAUCAUGAGGCCCCUCCUGUUGAAACAGCAGAAACGCCCCUUAUGGAUCAAAAUGUUUCUAAUACUAACGACAUUCAGGAGAAUACCAUUCAACAGUCAAAUAUUCCUCAAGUAAGGGAGAGUUUAAUCUUAAAUAAGGUCAAAUAUUUGAUUAAAUAA